UAUGUACAUGGAGACAUCCGGCCCCCCAACGUCUUACUCCUGGAUGGUUGGAAGAAUGCGUCCUCCAGGGCCCGGAAGAACAAGUACGUGAGGAUUGCUGAUUUCGAUUGGGCAGGGACGAUCGGCGAGGCGCGAUACCCUUGCAACCUCUCGCCCGACGCGGAUGGGGUCUCAGACUAUGCGAUCAUCCCCAUCAAGCACGACAUGGAUAUGGUGGAA